CUCAGCUGACCCGGUGCGAUUGUUGCGCCCUUUGCCCUACUUGAAGAUUCCAAGCCGAGCGCCAGAAUCCUAGCGGCCUUGCGAGGCACCGAGGCGCCGUCCCUUCCCGCCCCGUCCCGCCCGGGCCUGGGCCCCACUACCUGCCCGGCGGUGCCCUCCUUGCCUCUUUCGGACCUGGCCAUGUUGCCCAACACGGGGAGGUUGGCAGGAUGCACUCUCUUUAUAACGGGUGCAAGCCGUGGCAUUGGAAAAGCGAUUGCCUUGAAGGCGGCAAAAGAUGGGGCAAACAUUGUUAUAGCUGCUAAGACAGGAGUGCCACAUCGCACGCUCCCAGGAACGAUCUACACUGCUGCAGAAGAAAUUGAAGCAGCUGGAGGAAAGGCUUUACCAUGUAUUGUUAAUGUGCGAGAAGAAGAUCAAAUUACUGAGGCAGUAGAUCAGGCCGUUCAGAAAUUUGGAGGGAUAGAUAUUCUUGUAAACAAUGCCAGUGCUAUCUCUUUGACUGGCACACUGGAAACACCUACGAAAAAAGUGGACCUUAUGAUGAGUGCCAACACGAGAGGAACCUACCUUACAUCUAAAAUAUGCCUUCCUCACUUGAAAAAGAGUAAGAUUGGACACAUCCUUAAUAUCAGUCCACCAAUAAAUUUAAAUCCUGUCUGGUUCAAAAAUCACUGUGCGUAUACUAUCUCUAAAUAUGGAAUGUCCAUGUGCGUGCUGGGAAUGGCAGAAGAAUUUAGAGGAGAAGUUGCAGUGAAUGCUUUAUGGCCGCAAACAGCUAUAUAUACAUCUGCGAUGGAUAUGUUGGGAGGAGCUGGUGUGGAAAAACAGUGCCGGAAAACAGAUAUUUUAGCAGAUGCUGCAUACUGCAUUUUAACAAAGCCCAAGAGUUUCACUGGAAACUUUGUCAUUGAUGAAAUUUUGUUGAGAGAAGAAGGAAUUAAGAAUUUUGAUCCAUAUGCAGUUGCCCCAGGUCACCCUUUGCUGCCAGAUUUCUUUUUAGAUGUGGACCCCGAUACACUAGCAAUGAAAAUGGAAGCACAAGGAGCUUCUCCAACAUUCAAAGAGGGGAAAAUGCAAGAUGUUCCCAAACGUGAUGGUCCUGACAAAACUAAGCCUGAUGGUCCUGAGAGAACUGGGCUUCAUGUGCAUUUUGCUUCAGAAAAUGCAACUGGGCCUGUGGCAAACACUUUUAAAAUUAUAAAAGGAGCAAUUAAUGAAGAUGUUGUAAAGUCAACUCAAGGAGUCUAUCGGUUUGAGUUAUCUGGUGAAGAAGGAGGGACAUGGUAUAUUGAUCUCAGAAACAAAGGUGGCAGUGCAGGAAGUGGAGAACCACCUGGAAAAGUUGAUGUGAUUAUGAGCAUGUCUAGUAGCGACUUUGUAAAAAUGUUUUCAGGAAAACUGAAGCCAACCAUGGCUUUCAUGUCUGGAAAGCUGACAAUCAAGGGUGACAUGGCCUUAGCAAUCAAGUUGGAAAAACUGAUGGGUCAGUUAAAUGCCAAACUGUGAUAAUAAAAGGGCGAUUGAUGUGUCCCAUUGAACUCUCAAUAAAUAUACAGUGCUUUGCUGUUGAGGAUACCAGUGCCUGCUCUUUAACAUGUUAUGAUUUAUCACUUCCUUAGACUUAGGACAUUUGUAGGAUACCUGGGUUCCUAACUUGAUUUACUUAGAAAUAAAUGCUGUUGGUUGAAAUGAGAUGUAUUUCCUAGGAAGAGUGCUCAUAAUAAAUGUGGAAUAGAUUUAUUUUCUGAUGAGAAUUAAUGCACCAUGAAAUUACACAAAAACAUUCUUGUUUCAGAGAGGCCAUAGGCUAGAUAUUUUGCCAUUUUCCUUUUUCCUGAGGUGUCAAUGUUUGAUUUUUCCUAAGGAUUAGAUUCUCUUAAAAUUCUGCUCUAAUGGCUAUAAGCCUAAGUCUUCAGCUUAGAAGGGAAACUUAAUCCUUUGCCCUGUUGCGUUGUCAACCCAGGCCUGACAUCGGAAACCUUCAUUAGAUUCAUUAAUACUGAAAGACUUCAGUCGAGUACACCAGUGUUAAAUGGCAAAUUAAUUGGCUUUAAGCUGCUUCUGUCUUUUUGUUCUUGGUAUUGAUGCUUUGGAAGAACAGGUGCCUUCUCUGUUUUAAACACAAAUUUUCUACAUGAAUUUCAGUAACUAAAUCACUUAUUUCCUUAACGAAUUUUGAUUCUCUUUAACCAAGAUCAGAUGCUCAGGGGUUAAAAGGCAAAACAAAGCCACCAGUAUUUGCUUUAAUUACCAGCUGCCUAUAUGAUUAUCUUAGUAGCAUUUUGGAAUACAGUAUUUUAAAAUCCUGUGAAAAUGUAGUUCCUGCCAAACUGUACAUACAAGAUAGUUUAAAUAAAAAUCUCUCUGGGUGUA